GCAGCAAGGAAAGCACUGGAAGCUUUUCUCUCACUCGUCACAUCAUCACCGAACCAUCCGGGCAACUUCCGAUUACUCUUCGCUGCGGUGGACAUGGUAUUGGAUGUGAAUAGGCAACCGCUGCUCAUGGAACUUGAGAUGACUGAUCCAUGUCUCUAUCUGAAAUCCUCAGAUAGCAAUCUUGCAACUGCUUUUGCGAAGAGUAUUAUCUCCAAUGCAGCAGUCUAUCCGGCUCAGCAAUACACUCAGUUCUGCGGACCGCAUCGGCCCAUUCUUCCCUGGCACGGACCUGAAGUAUUAUUUGUACGACAGACUCUGCAGAGUCCAUCAUCGGUUGCCUUAGUCUCGGAUACCGGUCCUCCUGUUACUUACCUGGAACUCUGCAAAAGUGCAGUGUGCGUGAGCGAAUACGUCUCAGCAAGGCGAUACCCGUCCGUCGCCAUCCUCUGUCAGCGUACUCAGAAUCUUAUAUCCACCAUUCUCGGGUGCAUGUUUGCUCGUUUGCCCUACUUGCUUCUCGACAACUCAUUUCCCGCAACACGUAUCGAAACGAUGCUGAAAAUAUCCGCUAUCCGUCAUGUUCUUUGUGACGAUUCUGGAGCACCCAUAGUCGAUCGGCUCCACCACGAUAUAGAGGUAACUGCCAUCAGUGGCAUCAUUGGCAUACUACCGGACGUUUACAUCGACAAUCUGCACGAACGUUUGCUCUGCCGUAGACCCAUGAAGGACCGGAUCAACAAUUUCAUCUUCACUUCGGGUUCAACGGGCGUCCCCAAGGGCAUCCGUAUUCGCUAUCAAGCAUUGGCAAACGUUGUUCAGCAUUUCAUCGAAGAAGUUCUCAUACAACCUCGAAGUACGAGUGUAGUGUUCGCACACUGCACCAACAUAAGCUUCGACAUUUCGGCCAUUCCAUUCUUCGUCCCACUUGCAGUCGGAGGUCGAAUUGCAUUAGCGAGUCAUCGCUGUAUGCAGGAUCCCAAGCUCCUAAAGAGUUUCCUGUACGCGAGUCAGAGCAAUCAUCUGCUGGGCACCACAUCUCAGUAUCGGCUCCUGAUAGACAGUGGAUGGAUCCCUUCUCCUGGUAAUGUGUGUAUCCAGGCAGGAGAGGUUCUUUCUCAGAACAUUGCUUCAUACAUUCUCGACCGAGAUAGCAUUUUGUGGAAUUUCUACGGCCCUGCCGAGACUACUAUCUGGUCGACUGGAUGUCGUGUUAAAGAUGCAUCCCAUCCCAUUUCCAUUGGGCUUCCAAUAUGGAACACAUCAAUCGUAUUGCUCGAUAACGCUGGAAAGGUGAGUGAUGAGGGGGAGAUAUGUAUUGCUGGCACCGGCCUUGGCCAAUACGUUGUUGAUGGGGAAACGCGUCAACGAUUCCGGCCGGUAGACCUCCCUGGACCGAUUAGAGAUAGCAAUACUGCGGUUCUCUAUCACACUGGGGACCUUGCUCAAUACAAAUGCGGCAAUUUUCUUUAUCGAGGUCGAUCGGAU